GACUAUUGCAGCCGAUGUGCGAUGUUUCAGAUUUCAGAUUCUGUGGUUGUGUUGUGAUUUUGAUCUGUAAUUUUGUAUUUGUGAUAAGGAAGAGUUCAACACUGAUAAUGUUGUUGUUAUGUAUUGAUUUAUCAGAGCUGAUAAUGUUUAUAGUUCAACUAGUAGUUUUUCCUCAAUUUCAAAGUUGCGAUUCAGCUUCGCCUGUUAACUUAGCCCUGCUCUGAAGAUUAAGUUUUUUUAGUUUUCAUUCCUUUUAGUAAUAGUAAGAAUAUUAUAAUAAUAUUCUUAGUCUAAAUGGCUAGAUCAUCUUGUAUUGAUAUGAGUUUGGAGAUACGACUGGUAGAAGCCGUUCGUUGUGGUGAUGCAAACUUGAUCAAACAUCUUCUCAAUAAAGGCGCAAACGUGAACGAAGUUAUACCCAGCGGCGAGACGGCCAUUGGGGUGGCGGCCAAGAACAGUGAUGUCACAAGCCUACGGCUCCUCCUGGAUUUCGGUAACUCGAGUAACAGUGAUGCAGCUCGAUACUCUGAUGAUUCAGAGCCCACAAAUAGGCGUAGUAUCAAAAAUAGACGCCACAAUGAAUCGACUUGUGUUCAUGACAGUUCAGGCAAUACGAUAGUAGAAAGGACAGGUCACAGUGAUGCAGUGGACAAUGUGCGAACGAACAAUGCAAGUGAUAGGAACAAUUGUGGGUAUUUUGUGUUGUACCACAAAACAGGUGACUGUGAACAGGACGAAAAUGACAAUUGCAAUCUCGAGGGACGAACUCCUGAGGGCAUGGAGCAACUGGAAUGGGAUGUUGAGGUGAAGGAAUGCGACCAGUCGCAAGCAGUGACGAAAGAGGACGACAUGUGGUCGUGCCAGUAUCGUUGGUACGCGGACAUCCUGGACCGCACACAGGGCCACCUGGCCGUACGACCAUGUGUUGCAACCAGGUGCGACCUCAACCUGCAGGACGGCCUCGGCUGUACGGCACUGCACUACGCUGCUGGUCAAGGUCAUCUCGAGGUCGUCAGCAUGCUCGUUGAAGCGGGUUGCCAGUUGGACGUGUGCGACUCUGUGAGCCAGACCCCCCUGCAUCUGGCGGCUGCACACGGGCACACGGCCGUCGUCGAACUGAUGAUCGACGCUUGUCACAACCCAACCCGACAGAACCAGCUGGUGAACAUGGAGACGGGCGACAGUAGACGCCUGUCGGCGCUGCACUUGGCGGCCGCUCGCGGUCACUGGCGCACAUGUGCGGCGCUGCUGGUGCGCGGGGCGCAUGUCAACGCGUUGGACAGUCGCGACCGCACCCCGCUCUAUGUGGCCGUCGCCAGGCAUCAGCUGAAGACGGCGCGGCUCCUGCUGCGGCAUGCCGCCAAUGUUAACAUCGAGGAGGAACAUGGCUACACGGCGAUCUGCGAAGCGGUGUGGUCGAAACAGGUGACGAUGGUGGCACUGUUGGCGAGCGAAGCGCGGCCGACACCGCGCCUGUACCCGGCGCACCAGCUGUUGCACUACGCCGUGCUGCAUCGACACACGGCCAUGGUGGCACAGCUGUUGUGCCUGGAUGCGGCACAGGGUCACGUCAACAUGCCCGCGCACCAGGGCGGGGACACGCCGCUCAUCAUGGCUGUGCGCAGCGGGCAGGUGCCGGUUGUGGAGAUGCUCUUGCAGUAUGGUGCCAGACCAAAUGCAGUGAACACGGUCUUGGGCUGCACUCCACUGCUAGCAGCUGUCGAAACGGUGAUCACUGCCACGCCCACAUUGCCGGACACGCCCACACCACCCUCGGCCAUACCCACAUCACCCUCGGCCACGCCCACUGCCGAUGUGACGUCACCGUUUGAAUCCAUCGUGGAGCUGCUGGUGGCUUAUGGCGCCGAUGUCAAUCAAUCCAACCCGAUCACAGGGUACACACCGCUCACCACACUCGUAGAGCAUGAGAAAUUCCGAUUGGCGGCGUUCCUUAUAGGGCUGGGUGCCGAUGUGAACCAGGUGGCCAAACUGGAAUACGGCACCAGGGAUUGUAUGUUCUUGGCCAGGUCUUCCCAACAUCUCGCAAUGGUUCAGCUGAUUGUUUAUGCCGGCUACAAACUAGAGAUGACCAAGUUGAAGUAUAUGAGUCUGAUUCUGAUGGGACCGAGGCCGAACGCGGUUGAUGAUUGGCUCAUGUAUGCCCUCACCAAGCCAUGGCCUUUGACACACCUCUGCCGGCUGGUCGUCAGGCGACAUUUCAUGGCACACUUUGUCACACAGAGUGGGUCGCGGACUGCAACAAUCUUUGGAUCACAGAGUGAGAAUGGGUCACAAACUGGAGCGAACAGUGGGUCGCGGACUGCAAAAAUUUCUGGAUCACGGAGUGAAAGUGAGUCACAAAUUGGAGUAAUCAGUGGUAUUCCCCAGCUGAUGAGACGCUUCAUACGGAUGGAGGAUUGCAUUGUUGAUGAUGCAACGCCGGCUGCUAGGCUGGCUCGGGACCGCGAGUUAGAAUUGUUAUUUAGCAGACCAGAACCUCUCGCACCUUUCGAUCGUGUGCAAACAUAAAAGCGAAAUGUUUACUCACUUCUGUAUCAUCUUCGUUUCAUCUUCGUAUCAUCCUUGUACAAGGUGCGCCAGAGAAACUUACUUAUUUGAAAAAAUCCUGUACAAUUAUUAUUUAACGAAAAUCCUAAAUAAAUGCUGUAAAUCACCCCGAAGACUUCUGCUACUGCAGACAAUGACAACAGGGUUAACAGCUAGAUGGAAAUUCGAUGAGAACUACUAUCCAAAAAUUAUUUGCCAGCCCGGGAAUCGAACCCGGUAUACAGAUUCCAUCUGUAUACUGGUUAGCCGCUAUGGCUUCGUAUAAAAUGAGCGCUGCUAUCCAGAGAUUGCCAGUUUGGUGUAAGGGUAAGCAUUCCUGACUAGCAAUUGGGAGGUACCGGGUUCGAUUCCCGGGCUGGAAAAUAAUUUUUGGAUAGUAGUUCUCAUCGAAUUUCCAUCUAGCUGUUAACCCUGUUGUCAAUGUCUGCAGUAGCAGAAGUCUUCGGGGUGAUUUAAAGAUUUUAUUUAGGAUUUUCGUUAAAUAAUAAUUAUAUAUUAAUUAGCAUUUGAAUAAAUGCAUUCUCUAUUUAAUUCCAUCUGUAAAUCCUGUACGUUGAAUUGAUCGUGUAGAGGGGCAGGAGAAGCGCAUCUGGAGGGGGAAGUUCUCAAAUUUAUCCUCCCUCAAGUAAAUUAGCCAUCAUGCUUUGGUCUAGAGAGCAGCGGGCCUUCGCAGUUGAGAGCUUCUUUUCUAAUGGUCGAUCACCUUCCGCGCUCGAUUUGAAAUUCCUCCCCAAAGACUCGUUCCUGGCCAUAAUUCGAUUCUGAACUCAUUUCAGGAGUGUGGAAGUGUCGCUAAACCCAGAAAUGGACUUCAACGAACCAUCAGAACUCUAGAAAAUAUCGAAAGAGUGAGGCAAUCAAUUGUGCGUUCGGCUCGCAAACACGCAGCUGCUAUGGCAAUUUCUGACUCCACUGUCCGACGAAUUUUCCAUGAAGACCUUCAACUUCAUCCUUAUAAAUUGGCUGUUGUUCAAGAAUUGACUGAACGCGAUUUUGUUGCCCGUCAAAAUGCAUGUGAUAUGCUGACUGACAACCUGCCUGAAGACGCGGUCAUUUUUUAUAGUGACAAGGCUCAUUUCCACAUGCGAUUCGUCAAUGCGAUUUUUUUAUAGGGUUAUUUGAAAUCUCUGGUUUAUGUCGAUCGACCACGGACCAUAGCACACCUCAAGAACAACAUUCGCGACGCUAUUGCCAACAUACCGAUUAAUAUACAGCAACGAGAUUUCAAAAAUCGACCUCAUCAGAGUAUGCGCAAUGGGGGUCACCAUUGGUCUGAUCUCAUUUUCAAGACUGUAUGGAAAAAAUUGAGAUAUGAUUUUCUCAUAUAAAAAAAAAGAUUUAAAAAAUAUCUGAAGUACUUUUGUUUUUAUUGACCUUACUAAUAAGUAAGUUUCUCUGGCGCACAUUGUAUAAUCUCCACCUAGUUAUAUUGCAACUCACACCUGCGCACAGGGUUUCUUUGCAGGUGUAGAUUCUUAUUUUUUUUUUGUCUUGAAAGUGUUGUAUAUUUUUUUGAGAAUCAAUAAAUUUGAAUUGAAUUGAGUUAGGUCCACGUUAUAAUGACACUAUUUGAUCGACAUUGGUGCUGCUAUCCUUGUAUCAUUUUUGUAUCAUCCUUCUAUCAACUCCGUAUCAUCUUCCUAUAGUGAGGUCCACGUUAUAAUGGCAGUAUUUGAUUGACAAUGGUGCUGCUAUCUUUUUCUAUCAUUCGACAAAACAGAUAGCGAUAUCCCUUUCUAGUUUUGCAAUGUUGACCAAUGUUUUUACAAAAUCAUAAUAUUUUAACUACACACUAACUAUAUUUGAUCGUCAUCCGUGAUUGGCAUAAUUAUUACUUAUUUUACCAUUUAACUUAUAGUAAUUAAAAUUUACAUAGAAUUGCUCAACUGUAUGACUGCUUCAGUUUCACACUCAGCAACGGUUGAGCAGCAAUUUAAUAAAUUUAUGCUUCAGCAUUUAAUCAUUUGAUUAGACCAGACCAACAAAGGUUGAAGUGCCUUUUCUGACUUGACUAUUGCAGUCGGCAACUAAAUGGCACAACCAUAAUUCAUUUUAUUGUUUUGUUUAAUUCAUUCUAUCCAAAACUAUCUCAUGUUUCACCAUCAUUGAUGCAAAUAUCAUUGUUAUAAAAUAUUUUGCUCGUUGGAGUAAGUGAUAACGCGCUGGCCUAGUAAUCAAGAGAACCC